AUGAAGGACCUGAGAACAUAUCUAUCGGAAAGCAAGGUGGAACAUCUAUAUCAAUUAUUUGAGAGGCUUGGAAUAGAUGAGUCUCAGCUGUUAGCAAAACUUAAAUAUUCCGAUUUGGAAAAAAUAGGAAUCGAGAAUCUCAUAGAAAGAAGAAAAGUUUUCGAUAUAAUCAAUGAGAUCAACCAAGACAUAUACAAAGAGGAUAUAGAGAUGAACGAAAAUGACUCUUACAGAGAUGAACUUCUUUCUUUUCCUUUUGGGCAUAAGGAAGAAAGUAAGUGUGAGCACCAGCCUCUUGCUGGAAAUAUUGCAGAAAGGAGCAGCCUUUUGUUUGGAAGUGGAGAAACUAUAAGCCAGAGAUUAUCUUUAUGCUCUAUGCCAAAAAGAAGUAGUCUUGAAAGAUCUUUAAUUGGGCUGGACGAGCUCGAUCCAGAUAGUAGCAGGACAAUUUUGGAAUCACGCAACACAAAUGCAUCUGUCUUGGAGGAUAUUGUGGAGUCUGGGACAGGACUAGAAAAGAUAUCUGUGUGUGUUAGAAAAAGACCUACCACUAGUCCAAGUCUGGAUAUUGUUGAUGUUGAAGGAAGAGGUGUUGUAGUCAAUGAGGAAAAGCUUCGAGUGGAUUUAAGGCCGUAUAUUGAACGUCAUCGAUUUGAAUUUGAUUACUCGUUUGAUCUUGACAAGAAAAAUAUCGAUGUAUAUAGGGAGUGUGUCAAAGGUGUUGUGAAUCAUGUGAUUUCCGGGGGGUUUGGAACCAUUAUAGCGUAUGGACAGACUGGAACUGGAAAGACGUACACGAUGCUGGAAAAGGACAUAGGGAUGGUCUAUUUAGCAAUUAAGGACCUUAUGGCUUUCAAGAAUUGUGGAGCCAUAACGUUCUGCGAGAUAUACAUGGGGCAGGUCCAUGACCUAUUGGAUGAAGGGAAAAUCAUACAGCUGAGAGAAGUCAAUGGGGUUGUGCAUCUUUCUAACUCAAAAGAAGAGCAGUUCUGUGGAUAUAAAGAAGUACUUGAAAUUAUUGCCAAAGGAAUGUCACUAAGGAAGACUGGUGUGACAGGGGCAAACUCUAAGUCUUCAAGAUCCCACGCAGUGAUUCUGGUGAACUUUUCUGAAAGGAAAAUAGAGAAGAAUGAUCAAAGAGUUCAUUCAGGGUCGAUUGUAUUUGUUGAUCUUGCGGGGAGUGAGCGUGGAACAGACAGAAAGGAGAUGGGAUCAGACGUCAAGAACGAGGGUGCAGAAAUUAACAAAAGUCUUCUGGCUUUGAAAGAGUGCAUCAGAGGAAUGGAGAAGGACAGGAAACAUCUUCCGUUCCGCCAAAGUAAGCUAACACAAAUACUUAAGAAUUCAUUUGUUGGGAAAUCCAGAACCUGUUUGAUAGCUACAAUAUCUCCAACACCUGAGAACGUUGAACAUACUCUGAAUACAUUGAGAUAUGCAGCCCGAAUAAAGGAAAGCAUUUUACCUCGAGAGAAGAGAAGUAGAGGGCCCUUCUGUGGUAGGACGUCUAUAGGGCAAACCAAGUCAUCUGAUACAGAAACUAGAAAAGAAAUCGAAAAGAGCCAUCCUGAUUCUCCCAGAACGGAAUUGUUUAGUAGUAAAGAAAACCUUGUGUGCGAGAUAAGAGAAAUAUUGCAGAGAGCCGAAUCCAGGAUUCCAUUACUAAAGACCUCAAAAGAACUUGAAAGGAUGUUAGAUCUCUGUAAAAAAAUGGAGUAUGAGAUGGAAUCUAAUAUAAUGAAAUAUUAA